CUUCAAAUAAUCAUAAAACUUGUAUUAACAUUAGAUGAGAGAGGGUGGUGGUAGAAUAGGGAGUACAGGAUGGUGAAAGGAACCGGGAGUAGAAAUUUUAGGAAAGACGCCCCCUUCUUCCGCUGCACAGCCAUAAAAAAAUUUAAGUGAAGAUAGCAGAGUGUUCAGUUAACUGUGAAAGGUUUAUUUCUGUCAAUUGGAGGAGCAACAACAAUUUCGCCAGCAUGCGUUUGCGUUUCAGAGAUUUUGAUCACUUGAGUAAGGCUCGCGCUGCAGCCAGCGUGCCUUUUUUUCUUUUUUCCAAUGGUGAAGAAAUGAUGGAGGAUGAGGAAAGCUUCCAGUCCAGAUGGUUUAGGGGAGAUGUAAUGUCCUCACCAGUUAAUGUUUCUGCUCUUUCACCAAUUGAGAGACUCUCAUUUGCAAGGGCGCACACACAAUUCCUCUCCUCCAUUUUCCCUCAAAAUUACGAGGAAAGCAGACCAAAAUGCGGUGAAAAACAGCAACAGACGGGUAAAGAUUGUGCAAUCUUUCAAGUAGAGCCUCCCGAGAUGAAGCUUUCACAGGUUAGCGAUUGUGCAGUCUUUCAAGUGGAACUUCCCGAGAUGGAGCUUUCACAGGUUGGCGAUUUUUCAAUCUUUCAAUUGGAGUCUCCCGAGAUGGAGCUUGCACUGGUUAGCCAUUUUUCAAUCUUUCAAGUCGAGCCUUCCGAGAUGGAGCUUUCACAGGUUAGCGAUCUUUCAAAUUUUCAAGUGCAGCCUCCUGAGAUGGAGCUUUCACAGGUCAUAUUCAAAAUGAUGAAAGAUAAUGGGUUAUCCCUCAAUCCGUGCUCUUCUCCAGCUAGCAUUGAGAAAGACUUGGAAAGCACUAUUAAAUGUAAAGAUAGUACAUGCAUAGAUAAGGAAAAAGAGAAUAUGAACAACUUAGUGCUUCAGAGAAUCUCACCGGGACAGGUUGAAUCGUCUACAUUUCUCAAAUGUGUAGGGUCUCCUUUUCAAUUUGAAGUCUAUGAAGUUGGUUUGGACAAUUAUGAUCUUCAAACAGUCAGAGAGGCUUUACUCUUGGUUGAUCCUGAUGAUCAACUUAACCAUUUUGAGCAACAAUCAUCUACUAUAUGGGAUUAUCCCGAGUUAUCUUGUUCCAUGCAUCCUGACUUGUUCAGUUAUUUCAACAGAGAAGAUUCUUUGAAUCAUAUUUCUGAAGAACAUCUAAAAUUUUCUCCUACAUACAAGAGAAUACAAUAUGAAACAGAGAUCUCAGCUGCACACCUUAUAAGCUCUGGAGAAAACAACAUUACCAUGAAAUGGGAGUUUGCUACUGCAGCACAAAUACAUAUCUUUGAGGUGCUGGAACUAUUUGGUGGCAAACAUUUGCAAACCUUUGAAUAUUUCAAAGAUUUAAUGGAUGCAAUACAGGUUACUUUUGAAGAAUCAACUGAUCCAUAUGUAAAAUCAGAGAGUUCUUUUCAUGAACUUCUUGUUGUACCUGAGCUAAACUUAACUGACAACACAUUUAAAUCAUUACCAACACCUUUUUUUGAUGAUAAAGAAGUUUUGAUAUCCCUUUCAAUUAUUAAAAUGCUUUGUAAUCAAUACAAUCCACAUCGUGCAUCUGCAAGUGAUUAUCUAUAUUUGGAUUGGCAUCAAUCAAAAGGAGGUGCUUGCAAUAAUUGUAACUGUUCUUCUAUUCAGAAAAAGAUAGAAGAUGAAGGGAACUGUAGUUUGACAAAUCUUAGAAUCCCUUAUGUUACAAUGACUACAGGUGUGUUCAGUACAAUAGAAUAUUUUGAGCAGAGCCAGGAUAAUUAUCCUCCAAAUGUUGUCACUGAGCUCCCUGAAAGUGUUUCUCUAUCAGGUUCUGCAGGGGUCAAGUCUGCAACUGUUACAAAUGGAGAACAAGACAUCUGUGAUCUUAACACAGAGAGUGGUCAGCAAAAUACAUUUCAGUCAAGUUCAAAGGAUUACUCACUUUUCAGCUCCAUGCCCGUUUCCAGUGAUCUCUCAUUUUUCCUUAAUGCUAGAAGAGGUUCUAUAAGAUAUGGAGACCCUCUAGCCAAAAAGAUAGGAGACAGCAAAAGUUCCUCAUUUCUGGAUAACUGUAAACCAAGAAGUAAAUCAGAGUUAUUAUCCAACGAUGAUGUUCAAAAGAAUAGAUUACAAAUGCAUCAUGUUGAAAUACCUAAAUCUGUACUUGAAAUUUUUGAUAGCCUUCAAGCCAAAUUUGAGUCAGUCCUUGCUUUGGAUCACGAUUUAAAAAGAGUAGUAGAUACAUUUCCAGACACGAAUAAACUUUGUAUUAUAAAUUCCUCUCAAGCACACUUGAUGAGUUUGAUCAAGAACAGUGCCUCCAAAAAGGAUUCCUUGGAUUCCGAUUCUGUACUGAGAGGACUAGUCACCAUGCAUGUAUUACAUAAGACAGCUUUCUACAUCUGUUUCUAUGGAAUUCGUGUAGCACACUUGUAUAUGAAGAAGCUAGUCCAAAGCAUAUACUUUUUGGAAGACUCUGUACAACCACUUUAUACUUUUCUUAAAGAUGCAUUCCAUAAAUCUGAAAAUGGGCUAAUUGAAGAGCAUCCUAUGAUAUCUUCUCUUGAACAAAUAUUGAAGUCAGAUCUCAGUCCUCAAUGUGAUUACAAGAUUCUGCUAGUUGCAGAAAGGAAAUCUUUUGUGGCUCUACAAAAAAAAGUAACUGCAAUGAAUUUGAAGCUACAUGAGUUUGUUUGGACAGAUAAACUUAGCAAUCAGUGGCCUGAUUGUAGAGAAAAGUCCCAACUUAAUCAGGCAGUCUUGGAUGCUUUAGCACAGUGUGAUUGCCUCAUAGUAUCACAUAGAAACAUAAAUACAUCAUUCCCCUUUGAGCAGUUCAAAAGCAUUGUAGAAUAUGAUGACUCACAUCUCUCAUCCCAAAUUUCUUGCAUUAUUGGAAGGAUUGCUCAUACACGCAACAUACAUUUGAUAAGAGUUGAAUUUAGAGGGAACAUGAUCUCAUCUUUGUUUACUGAGACUUUGACAAACCUCACAAAUUCAAUAACUAAAGAGGUAAUACUCUUUUGCACUAAUGUGUAG